AUCAUCAAUUCCAAUUCCACAUCUCCUCUCCUUUCUCACUUUUCCCGUUUGUGUUUAAUCCCAAAAUGGUGUUUGCGCGCUCAGUAGUCCCUUUCCUGCGGACAGCACGGUCUGCUCUGCAACAAGGCAGUUCCGUCAGUCCCUUGCAGCACGCUCUGCGGAGACAGAAUGGAGGUGCUUCGGUGCUGAAUGCUGCUCGCGCAUAUGCUACUGUCUUUGAGCGGACGAAGCCGCAUGUUAAUAUCGGCACAAUUGGUCAUGUUGAUCACGGCAAGACUACGUUGACAGCAGCUAUCACGAAGAGACAGGCAGAGAAGGGAAUGGCAAACUUCCUCGAAUAUGGCGCCAUUGAUAAAGCUCCGGAAGAGCGAAAGCGUGGUAUCACCAUUUCGACGGCACAUAUCGAGUACUCGACCGAAGCUAGACAUUACUCUCACGUCGAUUGUCCUGGUCACGCAGAUUAUAUCAAGAACAUGAUUACGGGUGCUGCCAAUAUGGAUGGAGCUGUUAUCGUCGUUGCUGCUUCGGAUGGACAGAUGCCUCAGACGAGAGAACAUCUUCUGCUUGCUCGUCAAGUUGGCGUGCAGAAAAUUGUUGUCUUUGUUAACAAGGUUGAUGCUCUCGAAGAUCCUGAGAUGUUGGAAUUGGUCGAGAUGGAGAUGAGAGAAUUGCUCAACACAUACGGUUUCGAGGGUGACGAGACGCCAAUCAUUAUGGGGUCUGCUCUCUGUGCCUUGGAUGGACGGAGACCUGAGAUUGGAGAGACCAAGAUCGACGAGCUUCUCGAAGCUGUCGAUACCUGGAUCCCAACACCCCAACGUGAUCUCGACAAGCCUUUCCUUAUGUCCGUCGAAGACGUCUUCUCCAUCCCCGGUCGUGGAACCGUCGCAUCCGGACGUGUGGAGCGUGGUACCUUGAAGAGAGACCAAGAAGUUGAGCUCGUCGGAAAGGGAGACGUACCAAUCAAGACCAAAGUCACUGACAUCGAGACCUUCAAGAAAUCCUGCGACGAAUCCCGAGCAGGCGACAACUCCGGCCUUCUCCUCCGAGGCAUCAAACGUGAAGAUGUCAAGCGAGGAAUGGUCAUCGUGCAACCUGGAACUACAAAACCACACAAGGAGUUCCUGGUCUCGAUGUACGUCCUUACCAAGGAAGAAGGUGGUCGCCACACCGGUUUCCACAACAAUUACCGCCCGCAAAUCUUCCUGAGAACAGCUGAUGAGGCCGCGGCUCUGUUCUGGCCAGAUGGAACCGAGGAUGCGGAUUCGAAGAUGGUUAUGCCGGGCGAUAACGUCGAGAUGAGAUGUGUGAUCCACAACCCAGUCGCUAUCGAGAAUGGACAACGAUUCAAUAUCCGUGAGGGAGGAAGGACCGUUGCUACUGGACUCGUUACUCGUAUCAUCAAGUAAAACGACCAACACAAAAAUGGAGGAUAAUAGAUAGAUUUGUUGUACAACCUUGGAUGUGUUUCAUUGGGCGGGCAUAAACAUGGGUGGAGUUCCUCUGCGAGGCGAUGUAAAUUAUGUCUUGUCUCUUGCUUGGGAUCUGAUCUCCUCUCUGCAUUUUUUUUUUCUUCCUUCUUUCCAACUGUGUCUUCUUACAUAUGAUGUAGGAAUAGAGAAGGGCAGUGUAGGAAGGAAUGAUAUGCUUGUACAAAGAAAGAUAUUUGUUGGUUUUAUGUGAGGAGUUUGUUGCGCAAGUAAGUUCUUGUGAAAAGUUGCAAGGGCAUCCAUCUGAGUCGUUCUUAUAUUACCUCAUCCUUCAAAUCUCAGUCCUCUGGCGGUACACACUUAGCUCCCUUUUAAUGUCUUGCAAGGUCUAGAACAAUAUAUCACAAUUUUCAC